CUCACCACUCUCUCUGUAAAGAACUUCCCCCUGGCAUCCAACCUAAACCUUCCCUCCUUGAGCUUAAAACCAUUCCCCCUUGCCCUAUCCCUGUCUACCCGAGUACAAAGUUGAUUCUCCUCCUCUUUAUACUCCCCUUUUAGAUUUUGGACACAGUAGUCGGACGGCAGCAUUCCAGUCACGUGAGCUGUCCCACCAUGUCUCCAUGAUAGCAAUGAGAUCACAUCCCUGUAAGCACACACAGAUCUCUAGUUCUUCCAGGUCUUCUAGUUUAUUCCCCAGGCGGCGUGCAUUGCUAUACAGGCACUGUAAGGAAGCAGAGGGUGCAGGUAUCUCUAGAGGGAUGCAAGAAGGCUUAAGCCAGGCUCUUGGCGACAUCGUCUUCUCUGAGGAGUCCCCACAAGAUCCUACUGGACAACUGGGAGGUUUUUCUCCACAGUUUCCUAAAAAGACAGCGUUCCCAGGCCCUUCUCUGUCACAAGGAACUCCAUCCCCUUCCUCCGUCAAAUCUAGUUCAAUGCUCUGGUCAUCAAUCCCGCCAGCUUGCUCCCCAGAACACUUUUGCCCCAACUGCUCAGUCCUAUUCUGUCUCACGCCCACACACCUGGUCUUCCAAAGGCGUGCCCAAGAUCACGGUACCCAAAACCUCGAUCCCGACACCAUCCCCUCAGGCAGUAAUUUGCCUCCUCUAUUCUCCUCCUUCCUUCUGGGACCCAGCCGCCAGUCAGGAGGACAGAGGGGUCCCCCAUCACUGAGACAAUGCAGGCGCAGAAAGUGGCCGCCCCAGAGCGGAGUGCCUCACAAAAACAUGCCGUGUUUUGGGGCCAGCAAGGUUGCCGGGCAUGCUGUCUGUUCCCCGCCCCAGGGCACGUGGAUCUCUGUGAGGUAACACUCCUCGGUGAGAUGUCACAGUGGCUGUCUCUUAGGCCCCUGUGGCAGCGGUGGGAGCGGUGGCCCAGUAGCUUGUGGAAGCUGCAGGAGGAGGACCCAGAGAGAGCACUGUGUCUGUCUGGAGAUAUCCUGCCGUGAUGGAGCGACUGAGAGCCCUUCGAGGUCUCUUUGCUUGUGUGGGCUGCAUGCCCAGACGUACGCGUCGUGGGAGCAGAGGCAGGGUGGCAAGCUCUGCCCCUGCCUGUCCCGUGACGUUCCUGCUGCAGCGCCUGCAAGACAGGGAGGGUGACCGAGCGCAGGCAUACUGUGAGCUGGAGAGCGCCCUGUGGGAAGAGGACAGCCGCCCGCCGUGCGGGGUGGCAAACCGGCUGCUGGCAGAGGUGUCCCAGGACCUGACGGCGGCCCAGGGCGCGACGGACAACGUGAGGAUGGCCGCCAGCAACGUCCUGGUGGCUCUGGCCCGCUCGCACUUCAGCUUGGUGAUGGCCGAGCUCCAGGGCCACCUGAAGGCCGUGGCGGAGAUGUCCAAGGAGUUUGCGCUCGUCACCCUGAGCAAGCUGUUCAGCAGCUACGCUCCGCAGUGCAUCGCCUUCAUGUGGCUGACACUGGCCGGCCUGCGCUGUGUGGCCGGCCAGGUGAGGAGCGGCCGCACCCUGCGCGUCGCUUGUGCUGUUAUGAAACAAUGGUCGGAAGGAGUCAAGGCUCACCUGUGCUCUGGAAAGCAAUGCCCCUGGCCCGCCACAGAGAAAGAGCAAAUCUGUGAGAAUCUUUACCAGCUCCUCUGCUCUGUGGUGAGGAACUGGCUGGGCUGCGAGGAGGAACAGGACAAACAGGCCGUCGUUGGGGCUGUGGCUGCCAUGAUGGAUCUCCUCCUGCAAGAGGAGCUGCGCCGAGAGCACAUCUGGGAGCAGCUCCUCUGGCUUGUGCACCAGUGUCAGGAGGUCCAGGACAUCUCCACGGUGACCAAGAGCCUCGAUAUCUUGGAGGGAGUUCAGUCUGUCAUCCCCAAGGACACGUUGCUGGCCAUCACCAGUGCCGUGUUCUGCGAGCUCUCUGAGGACACCAAACAGCACAGCGAGGCUGAGAGCGCAAAGAUGACCCGCUGCAUCCUGCUGCAGGCCCGCAUCUGCCCGGAGGAAACGGUCCUGUUUCUGCAGUCACAGCUGGGCGAUGAGAGGGAGGCCAGAUGCGUGGCAGCCCUGGGUCUGCUCGGUGCUCUGGCUCGCUCUGAUGAGCCCGUGAUGGCAGAGAAGCUGCCCCAGGUUGUGGAGGCUGUGCAGUGCCUGUGCGAGGACCCCAGGACCCGGGUGAGGAGGGCCGUCCUGCUUUUCAUUAAGGAUCUGCUCAGCGCUGAUGCCCGGAGCUGCUCAGCCUGGGAUGUGGUGGGGCACAUCUUCAGGGAGUUCAGCCGCAGCGCAGGAAGAAGGGCGGACGGAGACCUUUCUGCCCAGGAAGCCCAGGAAGAAGGAGCUCUCCAAGAGCUGUGCGUGGACAUCCUGGGGUCGCUGGAUGUAGCUGCGAGAGGGAUGACCAAACUCCUGUGGCCGCGCCUGCUGCUGUACGUGGUGCCAGCCCAGUACACGGGCAUGCUGAUCCCGGUCUCCCGCUGCGUCCGAGCCCUGGCUGAGAGAGGGGAGCUGACAGAUUGUGAGAUAGAAGAAGCGGAUCCCCAUUUCCUCAGCUCCAUCUUUCAAGGCCCACUGCUGACUCCCCAGAAACUGCUGGUGCGCCUGCUGGUGGUGGCAGGGAGCCCUUCUGCAGGCAGCGAACUCCAAGCCGCUGCCUUGCUGCUCCUGCAAAACCUCCACAGCAAGAUCCACAGAGCUGUGGGGGCCAUGUGGGCUGCUGAGAUCCCCCUGCUGCUGCAGUGCCUCGAUGGGAAAGAGGAGAGCUUCCCGGGCUCUGCAGAGUGGGAGCAGCGUCUGCUAAAGUUCCUGAGGGCAUCGCUGGAGACCAUGGAGGACGAGGCCUGGACCAAGGCUCUGACCUGUGAGCUGAGCUGGUGGCUGGGCAGCUCUCCCAGCAGCUCUGGAGAAAAGGUGGGUUCCCCACGGCUCUACCCAGUGGUGCAGCCA